AUGGGAUGGACUGUGCUCGCGAUGAGGCUUUAUGAAGUGGGGGUGGACUUUUUGCUCAGGACGAAGCUGAUGAGUGAAGCGGGAUUUGCUCGCGAUGAGGCUCUGGUGAUGCUCCCUGGAGAGGCUUUUUGCACACAGUGCAUUGAAUAUGACUUUGACAAAGAGUUUAAGACUGAUCCAGAUUGGGAAAGGCUUACUGAUCUUAUUGAGGCAGGAAAACUACUUAGAUUUGGACAUGUAGCUAAUUCCGGGAACAUUGAGCUCUUAGAUACAGCUUCAUUUCCAGUUCUUGAUCUGUAUCUAUGCCUGAAACAGAGCAAUCACAAAGUGGCACUCAAAGUCCUCUUCAAGAACCUGUUGCAACAAUCUCAGGUUGAGCAUCAGCUUCGCCCGGAAGUUGAAAUACAAAGUCAGGUUCGCCAUCCCAAUAUUCUACGUCUUUAUGGCUACUUUUAUGAUCAGAAACGAGUUUAUUUGAUAUUGGAAUAUGCCGCCAAAGGUGAACUAUACAAGGAACUCCAGAAGUGUAAAUACUUUAGUGAAAGACGUGCAGCCACUUAUGUUGCAUCAUUGGCCCGAGCCCUUGUAUACUGUCAAGGAAAGCACUUAAUUUAUCUAGAUAUCAAACCAGAAAACCUUCUCAUUGGUCAACAGGGUGAACUCAAGAUAGCAGAUUUGGGGUGGUUAGUGCAUACAUUCAAUCGCAGUCAGACCAUGUGUGGCACUCUUGAUUACCUCCCUCCUGAGAUGGGUUGGUACUUUUGGGGAAGCUGUGUGGCUCAAGCAAAGACUAGAGGUUUGACAGAUUGGUACAAGCUGUUGUUGCUUGAAAAGAAGUGUUUAAAAGUGGUCUGCGUCACAGGCACUUCUGAUGACCAAGAAUUUGCAGCAGCAGCAAAGAUGAGUAUUGCUAAUGUAAAAGUUUCUUUUCAGUUUUGUUGGAAAUCGUCCAACAGAGGUAGAUAUGAAUGUACAAAGUGGUAUGACUACUCAACUUCUACGUAUGCAUCUGUUAAUUCAAAAGUGAGAAGCUAUUGCAUGCCUUACACGGUUGAAAAGAGCAGGUUCUAUGCUCCUGUGGAGUUAUCUACUGCAUUAUUUGGCAAACCUGCCUUUCAGAAUCUCAUUUGCAAUGGAUAUGUCAAGGACGUAUUAUUGCCAUGGUACAAUCUCAAGUCCCUUUGCAUUCGGGACGUAUUCCUUGUCCAGAAUGCAAAGAGACUUGAGAUUUGA